AUGGACUCCACUUCUACUCUCAACAUCACACAAACAAACUUUGCCAAUUACCCAACAACACCUGACUUGCAAAGGAAAAAACGAUUGUGUCUUCCUUUGUUUGUGAUUGUGACCAAACAUCACUCCAACAACAUCAAAGUGAUGGAAGCCCUCAACAGCUAUUGCUCCAAGGCCAUGCUAGGAAUUCAUGUUCCUAAAUGUUCCCUUAUUGAUUCUAAGACAGCCAAAUUUUCCUUAUUCCUUAAUGACAAAAAGUGUUGCAACUUUAGCUUCUCCAAACUUGUUGAGAACAAGGGUUUUUUCCCUCUUCAUGCAGUGUCAUCCAAAACUAUGGUGGAGUUGGACAGUUUGGAACUCCAAGCUGAUCAAGAACAACCAAUAGAACGAAAGACUGUUAAUGUCAAAUUUCAGUUACAUUGCACUUGUAAUUUUGGGGAACAAUUUCUCGUAGUUGGUAAUGAUCCUUUGUUUGGUUCAUGGAACCCUAAAAAUGCCAUACCCAUGACUUGGUCAGAAGGGCAUGUGUGGACUUUAGAAAUGGGUGUACCUAUUGGAAAAUUCCAAUUCAAAUACAUUUUGAAAAAAAGAGAAGGUGACAUUGUUUGGCAACCAGGUCCAGAUAGAAUCAUCCACACUUGGGAAGCAAUGAAUAAAAUCAUUGUUCAUGAGGAUUGGAACAAUGCUCAACUUCAGAAAGUAACAGAGGAUGGUGAUGAAUCAAUCAUUUCAGAGAAGUUAAAUUCUUCAGAGUCAAACUUAGAAUAAGUAUAUGUCUUCAUUAAACUGAUUAAAGGAGUUUAGCUCGAAUAGUUUAAUAGAGUGCAUUAAUUAUUAUAAGGUUUUGUGUUUGAGUUUGAUUUUAGUAGUUAAAAAUAAUAUUCUCUCCUUUGAAAAUAGAUUUCAAGCUUCUAGACCUAAAUAUUAACUAGAAAGGCUUUUGUG